GCUCUUCGACAGUGAAGUAGAAGCUGCAAGGUCCUAAUGAUCAUGAAUUACACUCUACCUGAUACUGAAUUUAUUACCCUGAAUUCUCAACCUCAAUAUGGUUCUACCAACACUCUAUCUCCAUUUUGAUUUUCUGGAAAUCAGGGCUUAUGAUAAGGCGGCUAUCAAAUGUAAUGGAAGAGAGGCAGUCACCAACUUUGAGCCUAGUACUUAUGAAGGGGAGAUGAUCCCUGAGGCCAGCAAUGAAGGUAGUGAUCACAAUCUUGAUCUGAACUUGGGGAUUUCUCCUCCUUUAAGCAAUGGCCCAAAGGAAAUUGACGGCUUGGGGCAUCUCCAAUUUCACUCUGGCUCUCAUGAUGCUCACAAUGGAAGGAGAUCAAUGAUGGAGAACCCUAAUAUAGAAACAGCGGGUGACCCGUCUUUCAAAGGGCUAGCAAUGACAUCGGAGCACCCUCCUCUGUGGACUGGUGUAUAUCCCAGUUUCUUUCCUGGCUAUGAGGAAAGGGCAACAGAGAGAAGAAUUGAAGCAAGUUCUUCACAAGGACUCCCAAACUGGGGGUGGCAAAUGCAUGGUCAGGUCACUGCUACUCCAAUGCCAUUGUUCUCUACUGCAGCAUCAUCAGGAUUCUCAUCUUCGGCUACCACUGCUCCCUCCGCUGCCAUUCUUUCAUCUAAACCGCCCAACACAACAUCCCACUCUAUCUGUUUUGCUUCAUCCGCCUCAGCCGUCACCCACCCCUCUCAAUACUAUUUCCAGAUGAAGCCCCCACCACCUUAAUCCACCCAUCACACCUCCACCUCCUCCUUUAUCAAAGGCGGAUAGGCAACCACAACAAAAACAGAGUGGUCUUCAAAUUCAUUUGUAUGUUUCAAAUAGUCGAUUGAUAUGCGCCAUGUCUAGGCGCCCAACUAGUUUGGUAAACCAUUACUCUACAGGAUUUAUUAGUAUCAAGAAAAUGCUAAUCCCUUUUGCCUUUGUUAUGUAGCACUGCGUUGUUGAAAUUCUAUUAAACUUCCUUAUUAGUUGUUGUGUCUGA